UAUAUAAUUAUUAACAAAAUGCUGAAAAAUAUAGUACGUUCUAGUCGUUGGUUUGUGUGCAAACAAAUUUUUAGUCGUCCUCAUUUAAUAGUUCGUCAAUAUUCACAUGUUACGAAGUUGGAAUCUGUGAAUAACCAUUUUCAUCUCCGGCUAUUUUCGGCAAGUAAUAAUAAUGCAGAUUCCUCAACACCGGUGAAUCCCCCAGACUUCGAAGAUGUAUGCAACGAAACAUUAGAAUCUCUGUGCGAUUAUUUCGAAGAAUUAGUGGAGAAAUCUUCAAAGUUAAAUGGGGCUGAUGUUACCUAUAGUGAUGGAGUGCUAACUGUGUUUCUGGGACCAAACUAUGGUACUUAUGUAAUUAAUAGGCAAACUCCAAACAAGCAAAUUUGGCUGAGCUCCCCCGUGUCGGGGCCCAAAAGAUAUGAUUUAGUAUCGGACAAUGGAGGCUACUGGGUGUACAAACAUGAUGGUGUUACUCUACAUAAGUUACUUCAAGAUGAAAUAUCGAAAAUAGUGGAAAACAAAGUGGAAUUCAAUAAUUGUGCUCAUAGCCUAGUUUGAUUUAUAUAUGAUACCACAG